CGGUUGCGCGCACACACAGUGAAUGUGAGCAGGAAUUUGGGGGGAGUGGAAAUUCCGCUUGUUCCUCUCACGGCUCGCGUCGUGUUCCUGACACACACAGAGAGAGAGAGAGAGAGAGAGAGAGAGAGAGGUGCAGGUCUGGAGAGCUGAGAUGUUCGUCUCCGCUGAUUCCCACUGAUUCCUCGUCUCCUCUCCCCGCUUGGAAGUACGUGCAUCGCCGCCGUUUGGCAUCAGAAGUGCCGGGUUUGAUGUAGAAUCGAGGGCGCACAGUUUCCACCUUUGGCGAGAGGAUUUCUCCUUUUUGAUUAUUUUUUUUUUAGCCUCUGCAUUUGGAUUAUUAUUAUUUUUUUUUAUUAUUAUUUCUCUUUUCCAGGAGAUGGCAAGUUGUUCCCCGUCAGACGCGGGGAUCUGCUGCUGAAAGCUCGCAGGAUGCUGGAUCUCUUACUUUGAGACAGUCCGCGCUCACUGGACGUAUAAAAACCUCCCUGGACGCUUGUUUUUCUCGCCUCGUCGCGUCUUUUAUUUUCUUCUUCUUUUUAUAUAUUUGCCUUCCGCAGAAUGUCUGAGUCGUUCAAUCACACAAGGAUGCGCUGUGGAUUGCUAUUGUUCCUUUUCGCCCAAGUCGUCUUGGUUGCCUCGCUGACACAGACCGAUAAAUGCGGGGGGAGUAUAGAGAUUCACACCCCGGACUACCUGACCUCCCCGGGCUACCCCGGCGCCUACCUUCCCUCCCAGCAGUGCGUGUGGGUGAUAACCGCCCCUGAGCCGGGUCAGAAGAUCCUCAUCAACUUCAAUCCCCAUUUUGAUCUGGAGGACAGAGACUGCAAAACAGAAAAACUGCAAACGGGGGAAAGUUUCUGUGGCCGUCAGCAAUGACCUGAUUGUUUUAUACAAAAUCUGCUGCUCAACACUGUCACAGUGGACACGUGACAGGAUUGUGAGGAAACUCUGGAAGAAGCUU